AUGUCAUCUAAUGAAACGAUAAUUAAUAUGCUACAAGAAGAAUCAUUACCAAAUCAGCAGCAACAGCAACAAAUGCAGAAUUUAUUGGAAAAACAAAAUUUACGGAAGUUACAAGAUUUAAUUACACGACAGUAUCAAUCGGUAAUAACGAAUGCUACUUCAGCAACAAUUGAUGAUGAUACAAUUCCUUCCUCAUCAUGUAUUUCUACUACUGAUCAGCAGCAUGGUGGUUCAUCAGAAAUGCAAUUUACAUCUAAAGAAACUAUAGAAGGAGAUCAAGUAGAAGAAGUCAAUAAGCAUUCAAAUGAAAUGAAAGAAGUGAAUGAAUAUGUUGCUCAGAAACGGAUCAAACGGCCAAUGAAUGCAUUUAUGGUAUGGUCUCAGAUGCGACGUGCUCAAAUUGCUAGUACAGAUGUGAAAAUGCACAAUUCUCAGAUUAGCAAAGAGUUGGGUGCAGAAUGGAGAGAAAUGAGUGUGGAAGAUAAGGCACCAUAUGUUAAGCGUGCAAAAGAAUUACGCGAAGAAUUGAUGCGUCGCCAUCCAAAUUAUGUCUAUCGACCAAAGCGUCGAUCACAUGGAACAAGCAGAAAUCUAUUCAGUAAAACAUCUGGUGUAGUUCGUUCUAUGGGCCCAUCAGUGCCGCAAGUAUCAUUUGCACGAUCGAACUCGUUACCAGUAUUGCCAGCAGUGUCUGAAGACAUUAGGAAUAUAUUAUUGGCUCGAAUGAUGCAAGAACAGCAAAACUCCUUUCUAUUAGCAGCAUAUAGCAAUCAGUUAUUAGCAGCUACAGCUUCUACUACAGCUCUUAAGGAUUAUUCAAAUUUAGAUUUAACUAAUCAGCUAAAACAAAAAACUCCAGUUGCUACCACUGCUGCAUCCAUGUUAACAUGUAGCACUGCAACAACCGGUAAUGCUCACUCGUCAACACCUGAACAGUUCAAUGCAUUUUCAGCUUUACCUUUAUUGCAAUCAUCUUUUAAUGCGAUAAAUAAUCCGCUUGGUUCUCAAUUUAAUCCUUUUCAUUUUAGUUAG